AUGACUGUUAAAGUCUUCAGAAACAAUAACGAUGUCAUCUACAUAUCCGAAUACACAAAAUCUAAGGUCUGGCGGAAUAAUCAUGUCUACAAGCCGGCACAUUGUCUGAGGGGCUGUGCAGAGCCCGAAAGGCAUCACUACAAACUGAUACAGUGGCCUUCCGGGCACUGUGAAAGCUACACGUCACAACAAAUGUCUCCACAAAACACCAGUUUGGAUCAAGCAUACGAAAACCAUUAUACUUUACAAUCAGCGGAUGAGAAUAAUUCUCUUAUGCACUCAUCCUCCCUCAACAACCAACAAGAGAAAGAUGUAUGCUCAGAUUACUCUUUAAUGGAUGAUGUAAAGGAAACCUAUAAUAUUCCAUCAACUGAAGAAGUUCAAAUUUUUAACAAGAAAUUUUUAAUAAAACCAAACAUAUUCACCGAUUUGGUGGAACAGUAUCUAUCGUCAACGGAUUUUAUAUUGGACGUAAAUUUAAUAAAUGAUAAUUCUUCUUAUUCCACCUCAGACUCGAAUGAUGAAUUGGAAUCACAGGCUUCCAGUUCACAAAAUAUAAUAUUUGGAAGUACACAGCCUCAGGUUAUUAGAACUUUAACAUGUAUAACCGAUGAUAUUUUUAACCAAAGCCAGGGGAAUAUUUUUAUUGACAAAAAUGCUUAUCCUUCUGUUCCAUCAACGGAGGAAAUAAAAGAAUAUCCUGAAAUUAAGCAAUUAUUGCAAUGUAAUAGUCUGCAAAAUAAGGAUAGAACAAUUAUAGCAAAGAGUAUAGUGUCAAAUAUCCUGAGCCAAAAUGUGAAUAGACGUUUAUAUAAAGAUGAUUUGUUACAACUUUCCCGAUCAAUAAUAGAAGUAUUUCCAUCGGAAGUUAGAGAAACUUAUUACGUACCCUUUACAAAAGGUCAUUUGGCAAAGGGUAAAUUGUUUGACGCAUACAAUAAUAAGAGAACACAAUUAAGUGCAGCAGGACUGAUAAAUAGACGUGAAAACGUGAAAAAGAAAUGUGAGUAUGCUUAA